AGUGUAGCUUAGCUCUAUCCACAUUCUUGUCAGGUUUAUAUCUAAUGUCAAACCCAACUUUUCAUAUUCGACCAGCCAAGGUGGAGGACGUAGAUACAAUUUUGCAAUUAAUCAUCGACUUGGCAACAUAUGAAAAGGAGCCUGAAUCAGUCAAGGCUACUCCACAAAUCUUGCGCCAAAAUUUGUUUGACACGCCCUAUGCGCACACUCUUCUUGCUUUCGAUGGGACGUCCGAAGAUCCCGGAGAGCCUAUCGGAAUGGCGCUGUAUUUCUUUAAUUACUCAACUUGGACCGGCAGACCUGGCUUGUAUUUGGAAGAUCUAUAUGUGAAACCCGAAUGCAGAGGAAAGGGCAUUGGCAAGGCCUUCUUUGGUGAACUGGGCAAAAUUGCACAGGAAAAGAACUGCCCUCGGCUUGACUGGAGCGUGCUCAAGUGGAAUCAACCCUCUAUUGACUUUUACGAGAAAACCUUGGGAGCUAAGGCUAUGUCAGGAUGGAUGGGCAUGAGGCUAGAAGAGCAGGGAAUCGACAACCUGAGAAAAUUUGUUGACAGUUCAGCCUAGUCACCCACCACAUUGCUGCAGCGUUGCAGUGAAGGGGCCCCAGUCGUCACAGAUUGUUCCUGAAUAUACUGUCAGGGUUUUAUCGGGGGUUCCGAUAUAGACCUCGGAUGAAGAAACCCUUGUCAAUCACUCUUCGUGUGCCAGACCGUCAUUCCGAUGGCAUAGCAGAUGAAAUGCAAAUGUCUUCCAUUAUGAGCG